CGGCGUGUUCUUCUCGUCUAAGUUCCUGGUUCCCGGGCGGUGUGCGACGCCGGCUUUUCGCGGUCUACUUUACUCCAGCGGCGGGCUCCGGACUGUCGCUCUCUGCCUUUCAGCCCCGGGGCCACUGCUUGUGCGCGCACUGCACGCCGCCUCCCGCGACAAACUCAUGGCGGAGCGCGGGGAACUCGAUCUGACGGGCGCCAAACAGAACACCGGCGUGUGGCUGGUCAAGGUUCCUAAAUAUUUGUCCCAGCAAUGGGCAAAAGCCUCUGGAAGAGGUGAAGUUGGGAAACUGAGAAUUGCCAAAAAUCAAGGAAGGACUGAGGUAUCAUUUACCUUGAACGAGGAUCUUGCAAAUAUUCAUGAUAUCGGUGGGAAGCCAGCUUCAGUCAGUGCUCCUAGAGAACAUCCAUUUGUCUUGCAAAGUGUUGGAGGACAGACAUUAACAGUGUUUACUGAGAGCUCCUCAGAUAAACUGUCAUUGGAAGGAAUAGUGGUGCAGAGAGCGGAAUGCCGGCCUGCUGCCAGUGAGAACUACAUGAAAUUAAAGAGAUUGCAAAUAGAAGAAUCUUCCAAACCCGUAAGGCUAUCACAACAGCUGGACAAAGUCGUAACAACCAAUUACAAGCCUGUGGCUAACCAUCAGUACAAUAUUGAAUAUGAAAGGAAGAAGAAAGAAGAUGGAAAGCGAGCUCGGGCAGACAAGCAGCACGUCCUAGACAUGCUGUUUUCCGCCUUUGAGAAACAUCAGUACUAUAAUCUUAAGGACUUAGUGGACAUCACCAAGCAACCUGUGGGAUACCUGAAAGAAAUCUUGAAAGAAAUUGGCAUUCAGAAUGUAAAAGGAAUUCACAAGAAUACAUGGGAGCUGAAGCCUGAGUACAGGCAUUACCAAACAGAAGAGAAGAGCGACUGAGAGAAGCGUGUGCAAAGCAGCCAAAGGCGGGCGGGCAGGCCUGGCCAGCCCAUACCACGCCACACCCACAAGUUGCCUGCCUGCCUUGACAGGACAAAGACACCUGGGUCUGCCAUUCCUCUCAGUAAACUGUUAAAGCUGGGAUUCCAUAAAAGUUUCUUAAGUGUUUUCUGAAGAGAAA